AUGCCGAUCAAAUCCGAAUCAGUUCAGAGUAAGUGCCGCUGUCAGACAUCGGCCGUAUCGCCUUCGCUCAAACGGCCCCAGUUCCGCCUAGUAAGCUGCCUGUCCUUGGCCAUGAAUGAUCCCAAUACGUGGUCUUAUAUGGGAAACCCCAUGCGAGCAAAAAGCCUGGUAUUAUUCGAGGACAACAAUGGUCUGCAACGAGCGAAGUUACCGCUGAACCGAGCCGAAUCCAGCAGUUGCUAUCUGCCACGUUGGCCUUCCCGCCCGGAAGUGUCUUCAACAAUCUCCAUGUCCAAUUCGUCAGACCUGACGGGUUCCUGGAUGGCUAGAUCGGCUUCUAGAAACAUCAACAGCACAUCAUGUUAUUUGCAAGGCAGAGGAUCUCAUCCAGAUACCAUGGUUCAGUUGUCGACUAGUGUUGUGCUCGGCAACAGGACCAUCUCCCACUACAGGCCAAAAGGACAGAAGCGAGGUCCAUUCAAGGACAUCAGACUUCGCAAGGAGACUUGCAGGAGCAACGCGGAUGAUCCCGAAGGAGAAUGCCUAACUUGUAAAAAGCUGGCACAUUCAUCCCACCGCCGGUUUCCAUGCCUGAGAUUCAAGCUCACGAGUCUGAGGUUCAUACAGCCGAUCUACGGACCACAGGAGGACUGGAUGCGACGAUGGAAUCACAUGGUCAUGACGCCCAUACAAACCUGGCGGUCAGAUCAAAUCGAGACUAUCUACGUAUCUGAGGGCCUGAGCAACAGGUACAUGGCGAUUGACGUGAGAGAAUUCGUUGACACGUCACACAUUCUGUACGACGGACAUCCGUACUCCAGGCCCAGAGGCAUAACGACAACACUUGCCAUGGCGGACCUCAAAGGUGGCGAAGAGAUUUACGCCGGAUACAUACGCGAGGUUACUGGCGCAGCCUUGAAACAUUUCACGGGGCCACCAAAUGAACUCGUGCAUCGCACAUAUCGAUUAGCUUGCGAGAUGUACCAGGACCCGACCACACCCGAGGAGUCGAUGGAGCUUCUCAAGUUGACGUUCAAGUUAUGGACUGCAGCCCGCCUGUCGACACUUCCGACCUUCAUUGUGGGCCAUAGUGCGCUGGACAUGGGGUAUUGUACCGUGCCUCAGUCGCAGGUGCUUGCGAAAAGAGCUGCCGUACCCCCAUUCCUAGGUGCGCAGCUGAAGCUCACACUGCUGCACCACAUUCAGGAGACCAUCGCCCCUAAUCUGGUAGCCAAGCUCCAAAGCAUGACGUCUCGGAACAGUAAACAUACGUGGCUGGCCUUGUACCUGACGACGUUCAUGCUGCUGCACAACACGACGCUGCUCAUGGCCCAUGCUCUGGCCGAAUGCCGAUCCAUUGGCGGGCUUUGUUCCCAUGGUUAG